AAAAAUGGUGCACAUUUUAUUUGAUACUAGUACUGUAAGCUAUGAUGACUUUAUUCCAAUGAAGGGAGGAGGAAUUACAGAUGACUAUUUUAAGGGUACAGCUCCUUUUCAAAGAGGAUAUGGGCAGAAAGGAGCUGGAAUUGGAGAUGUUAUGAGAGGACUUUGGAGAUUUUUUCUACCGAUUAUGCGACGUGUAGGCACGACUGUCUCAGAGGAGGCACUAAAUACAGGUCAACGUGCAUUGGGAAGGGUAAUCCAAGGAGAACCUAUAAAAGAAGCUUUAGUCAGUGAAGGAAAGAAGGGAAUUGAUACAGUGCUUGAAAAAGGAGGUUUACCUAAACAAUUUGGAUCAGGAAGGGGUAUAAAAAGAAAGACAAUUCCUAGUCAUCAAACAGUUAUUAAAAGAAAAAGAUUAAAAUCUGACGCUUUUGGUUUUUAUUAA